GUGAAAUACUGGCAGAGUAAGGCCUCUUACUUUUCCUCUGCAAAACGGUAGCUAGCUAACACAAGGGGUGACAUUCGCCUUGUAUGAUUUAGGUUUUUCCCGUUAACGUUGCCUAUCGUUCUGCAAGCAGCACCAUGUUUGCAGUGAGAAACGCUGUCCGACUCGGCUCAAGGUUAUCCAUCCCCACGGUGGCGAGGAGAGGAUGCGCUGGGGCUGCUAUCCCGGUGGACGACGUGGUGAACGGGCUUACCGACGAGCAGAUACAGCUCAGACAGACUGUCCGUAAAUUCUAUGCAGAAAAACUUGCACCUUAUGCUGACGAGAUUGACAAGAGCAAUCAAUUUCCAGGAAUGCGGAAAUUUUGGAAAGAGAUGGGGGAAAUGGGACUGCUUGGGAUCACCGCUCCAGUGGAAUAUGGGGGCACAGGACUGGGCUAUCUAGAUCAUGUCAUUGUCAUGGAAGAAAUAUCACGAGUGUCAGCAGCCAUUGGUCUCAGUUACGGCGCCCACUCUAACCUCUGUGUCAACCAGUUGGUACGCCACGCCAAUGGAAAGCAGAAGGAGAAGUACAUGCCUAAGUUAACGUCAGGAGAGUAUGUCGGAGCUCUGGCCAUGAGCGAGUCCAAUUCAGGCUCUGAUGUCGUAUCCAUGAAACUCAGUGCCAAGAAAAAAGGUGACUACUAUGUUUUGAAUGGAAACAAGUUCUGGAUCACAAAUGGACCAGAGGCUGAUGUCCUUAUUGUUUAUGCCAAGACAGACCCCGAGGCCUAUCAAAAAGGCAUCACAGCUUUCAUUGUUGAAAAGGGGAUGCCAGGGUUUUCUACUGCACAGAAGCUUGACAAACUUGGCAUGAGGGGAUCCAGCACCUGCGAACUCAUCUUUGAAGACUGCAAAAUCCCACAGGAGAACGUCCUUGGUUCACUAAAUAAAGGAGUUUAUGUGCUGAUGAGUGGCCUUGAUCUGGAGAGGCUGGUGCUUGCAUCGGGACCUGUUGGCAUCAUGCAGGCGGUUUUGGACUUCGCUGUUCCCUACCUACACGUCAGAGAAGCAUUCGGACAAAAGAUUGGUCACUUUCAGCUGAUGCAAGGCAAGAUGGCCGACAUGUACACCAGACUGAGCGCCUGUCGGCAGUAUUUGUACAAUGUCGCUCGGGCUUGUGACAGAGGACACUUCAGUGCAAAGGAUUGUGCUGGAGUGAUUCUGUACUGUGCUGAGAACGCCACUCAGGUUGCUCUGGAUGGGAUUCAGUGUCUGGGUGGGAACGGCUAUAUCAACGACUACCCUAUGGGACGAUUUCUACGUGAUGCAAAGCUGUAUGAAAUUGGCGCGGGCACAAGUGAAAUACGUCGGCUCGUCAUUGGACGAGCCUUCAACUCCAUGUUCAAAUAGGCAGGACUGAGAAACAGCAGUUGAUGAUGACUGGAUGAGUGUUUUGCCGUGUCACAGUCACUCACGCACAGAGCCUGAUAUUGUUGGAGUUAUUGCGGCUGUUAGGAUGUGGAGUUUUCAGAAUCGAUGUCACCUUGGAAUUUAAUUCAGAGUAUACAUGAAAUCACACAGAGCUGACACUGUUAUAAGCUGACAAUAUUGAUUUAGUAUGUUGAUUUGAUUUUACUUUUAUUGCAAUAACAAUAAAAUAUAAUUAUUAAAUGUUA